UUAGCAAAGGGCAACUCAAAAAAGACUACUCAAAACUACAUAAAAACCUUUGAACUUCAGAACAAAGUGAGAGAAAAGGGCAGUGAAAAAUGGAAGCAAGUGAGAAGAAAAACAGUGUAAAUCUUGAUGAUUUACAGACAAAAAUGGCGUAUUUUGCUAAAGAAAGAGACUGGGAUCAAUUUCAUACACCAAGAAAUCUCCUUUUGGCUUUGGUUGGGGAAGUUGGAGAAUUGUCCGAGAUAUUUCAAUGGAAAGGGGAAGUCCCAAGAGGAUUACCUGGUUGGAGUGAAGAAGAAAAGCAGCAUUUAGGAGAAGAGCUAUCUGAUGUAUUGCUAUACCUUGUAAGACUUUCUGACAUUUGUGGGGUUGAUCUUGGUAAAGCUGCCCUUAGAAAGCUUGAACUUAAUGCCCUUAAGUACCCAAUUCACCUCUCUAAGGGCUCUUCUAAGAAGCUUAAAUUCAACCCUAACCUCGUUGAGAAUCAUAAUCAUAGUGAAUCAUGAUUUACUUUUGGUUGAUUAUCACCUAAUCACAUGUGCUUUUUUUCCUAAUUAUGGUUUAAAUUUUGGAACUUAGACUGACCCCCACCCUCAAAUGUCUUGCCCCUUUUUGACCUAUUUUUGGGUGGAUUUAGUAAUUGUAUUUUGAGGCUAGCUUUGGGUUUAGAUUCUACGAUGAAUCUUUUGUACAGUACUAUGAUCUAAUUGUAAUCAAGGAAUGCUUUCAAUUUGAGUACUAGUGUCCAUUUAUUCCUUCAUGGUUAUCAUUUCUUGCAUCUGGUGAUGUACUCCUCUGUCUCUUAGAGAUUUCCCCUCAUUUGUUUGAUGCGAGAUUUUUAGAACGUUCUGGAUAAGACUCGACUUAAUCUCGACUUAGUAUCCUAGUUUAGCCAAGCUUGAUGUUUUUCUUGAGUUGUUUUGGCGAUUGAGAUAUCAGUAUUACCCUCUAGUUAUUUAACUAAUGGAGAAAUGAUAUAAGUUUAUAGAUGAGAAUUUUAAAAAAAUAAGAUUAUUGCUAAAAGAGGAAAGAGCGCAACAUCAAUAGGAAAAAUUAAAAGAAUAGUGGUGCAAAAUAAGAGGCUUAUUAAGAGCAGGUAACUAGUUUAAAAGUCAUUUAUUAAAAUCAAAAGAUGAACACAAAGUCAACCAAUAAGCUUUUUGAUUCAAAUUAGUGGGGUGGAUUACAAAUGUUCAAAACUGACUCUACAAUUUGAUAUUGACCUAAUCUUAUAAUUGAAUUCUACUUUGAAAAUAAAAAAUUAUAUAAAAAUUAAUAUAAAAAUUAAUAUGAACACAAAUCAAUUUGUACCAUGUGAUUCGAAAGGACCCGAUGGCCCAAUGAAAACAUCUAGGCUAUAGGGUUCUGAAAUGGCGUGACUGCACAGCAUUACACAGGUACAGGAAAGAGGAUUAUACCUGGCAUGAGUGAUGAAAAUCCCCAAUCUCUAUCAGUUCACAGUGAUAAUCUCUUAUCAAGGAUUUAAAUUGAUAUUUUUUAAAAAAAAGGUAAAUAAUGAUAAUAAAUAAAGAGAGUAAAUAAAUUGUAUGGAUGAAAUUAAAAGAAAUUUGAAAAGCAUAGAUGAGAUUAAAAAAAGUAGUGACUAUUAUCUAAAAAUAAAAAUGAUACAAAUUAAAAUAAUAAAUGUUGCAAAUUGGAUGGGACGGAGGAGUAAUUUCGGCUGAGUUCUUGACU